CACUCUCCUUCCCUCUCUCUCCAACUUCCCCAACCCAAACAGACAGUGUUAGUUGUUAAGCAGAGCAGCCCAUGCUAUCACGACUAUGCCAUCUCUAUCUAUUAUCUCCGCAUCCGUUUGAGGAAGACCGAGCAACACAACACUCAUCGGCUCAUCCCCUUAAGCAAUUUCCUAGCUUACUCCCUAUGCUUUCCCGCCGUUAAAAUGCGUCAUCAUCACCAAUCCUAUACCGCGCUAUCUCAACCGUUUAGCUAGUCCCUUCUUCUACAUCUUCAAUCCCAGCUGUUCAAUUUUCUCCUAAACUCUCCAUCUAAACGUUCCGAGUCAACGACUCACCGCGGUCCCGCUUUCUAUUUCAAAUGUUCGGAAAAUUUAUGACUUUGCGAUUCGAAUUCUCUGGUCGUUUUCUCCCUUUUCUUCCACUGUCAUCCUAAUUACAGGCCACAAUCGGAAGAACCAAUCCACGCUGCGACCGCAACCUCAGCAUUUCUGGGUGUUUCUGUGCCUUGUUUUCCCUCCGGUGUCAAAUCUCAGCUGUGGCUAUCAUUUGAGUUGAUAUGGAUUACUUGAACAAUAAUUUUGAUGAUACUGAUCAACAGGUUGAUGUGGGUGCUGUGAUACGUGAUGGAAGAGAAAUCCUUUUUCAGGCUUUUAACUGGGAGUCUCAUAAAUAUGACUGGUGGAGAGAUUUGGAGACGAAAGUUCCUGACAUUGCAAAUUCAGGAUUUACAUCUGCAUGGUUGCCUCCACCAACUCACUCUUUCUCACCUGAAGGUUAUCUCCCCCAGAACCUUUAUUCACUCAAUUCAGCAUAUGGAUCUGAGCAGCUGCUAAAAAUUUUACUUCAGAAAAUGCAACAGUACAAAGUUAGAACAAUGGCUGACAUAGUUAUCAAUCAUCGUGUUGGAACUACCCAAGGCCAUGGGGGGAAGUAUAACCGCUAUGAUGGAAUUCCACUGCCGUGGGAUGAACACGCUGUUACUUCCUGUACUGGUGGAUUGGGUAACAGAAGUACUGGAGACAAUUUUCAUGGGGUUCCAAAUAUUGAUCACACCCAAGAUUUUGUACGCAAAGACAUAAUAAAGUGGCUGCAAUGGUUACGUAGUGUUGGCUUUAAGGAUUUCCGUUUUGAUUUUGCUAGGGGUUACUCAGCAACAUAUGUGAAAGAAUACAUUGAAGGAGCAAAGCCACUAUUUUCUGUUGGGGAGUAUUGGGAUUCUUGUAACUACAAUAGUUAUGGAUUGGACUACAACCAAGAUAGCCAUAGACAACGAAUUGUCGAUUGGAUUGAUGGAACAGGACAGCUCUCUUCUGCUUUUGACUUCACGACUAAGGGCAUUCUUCAGGAAGCUGUAAAGGGACAAUUCUGGCGUCUGCGUGACCAACAAGGGAAGCCACCAGGUGUAAUGGGAUGGUGGCCCUCAAGGGCUGUCACAUUCAUUGAUAACCAUGACACAGGAUCAACACAGGCACACUGGCCUUUCCCUUCAAAUCAUAUUAUCGAGGGUUAUGCCUACAUACUUACACACCCAGGGAUACCUACAGUUUUCUAUGACCACUUUUAUGAUUUGGGUGACUCCAUUCAUGACCAAAUUGUUAAACUAAUGGAUAUUCGAAAGCGUCAAGACAUUCACAGUCGAUCACCUAUCAGAAUUCUGGAGGCCCAGACCAAUCUUUACGCUGCAAUUAUUGGUGAGAAAGUAUGCAUGAAGAUUGGGGACGGUUCCUGGUCUCCUAACGAAAGAGAGUGGAUCUUAGCAACCAGUGGGCAUAGAUAUGCAGUGUGGGAAAAAUGAUACUCCUGGUAACAUCCUUAUAUUUUUUUCCUCCUAAUAUUGGGAGGAAUUGAUUCACGGACUAGCAUAGGGUCUAAAAUUUCUAUAAUUAAGUAUAGUUAUAUUGUAUGAAUAAAGCAUCUCAUAUGGAACAUCGCCUUCAAAUUUGGGGUUCUGUGUACGAGAGACUGGUUUAAUUUACAGUAGUUAUAAUUGCUGAGUCAGGAUUCACUUCCGUGCCUAUAAAUUUAAAAUAAACUA